UCGAUAAUUUCUAAAAUCGAUUUAUCAAUGUUUCCAUUAAAUAUUCUAAAUCGCCUAGCCAGUGUUACCACACACAACAGGAUAAGAUCCGUUAGAUUUCUGAAGCCAGCUAGUCGUUUGUUUAAUUGAUUUUGCGUCGCAAAAGAUAGAUUUUAUUAUGUUUCGGCUUCACUGCAACAAGUGCUUUCGCAACCGCAACCUUGAGCCGGCCUUAACCUUCCACUUUUCGCGGUGCCAUCACAUUCUCUGCGCUAGAUGCCUGGACGACGCCUCGAAUGGCCAGCAGUGUCCGCUUUGCAGUCUAACGUUGCAAACAAUCCCCAUCUCCGGGAACAUGCCCAGUGGCAUGGCCCAGUACUUCGAAGACCCCAAUAAGUUCCUGCAACUGUAUCGCAAGAUCAGCAAGUUCCAGUGCGAUCAGCGGGCGUCGGACAAUUUGGGAUUCUGGCGCCAGACGCAAGAUGAACAGGCCAUGGAGCUGCAGCUCGAGGGCUUUGGAAAAAUGGAGGCGCAGCUUAACCAGCAGAUUAACUUGGAGAAAAUGCGCAUAGCGGAGAUGCGUGACUACAUCUCUUAUCACGAGCAGAUAGCGCGACGUCGCAGCAUGGACGACUUCAAGGAGCUGAAGACAGCCCACAAGCGUCGUCGGCCACGGACCCCCUGUUUCAAUUCCUCGGAUAACACACUGUCGGACGAGUCGCUAGGUGUUAGCUUUUGCCUGGAUGCGGGCAUGGAUUUCCCAAAGGAGCAGCUUAAUCUGGUUAAAACCCCUACAAUGACCACCUCCGAGGACUCGGAUUUUACUGUUUAACAUUAUCUUAUCAAGUAAGACAUAACUUUAGCUAUUAAGAAGGGAGCCAACCUUCUUGUGUCUAUAAAUCUUUCAUAUUAUCAUAUCAUAUUUCAUUAAUAUAUUCAAAAUAUUUUGCUUUACUAUCAUAUAACUUGCGAUCUUUGGGGAUCGAUCUUUUUGUGUUAUUAGGAUAAAACUUACUAGAUGAGAGGACCACGAUACACGAUACUAUUUAUUUAGAUUUUCCUAAGAUAUCUUACCUACUAGGAAAUAUGUAUAAAUAACAUCUUAGGCGAGGCUAUGAAAACCUCCGCUCUGAAAAGCAUAAACUA